UCUGUGUACAUGUGUGCGAGUUGAUAACCUGAUCAUUUCUCUCUCUGUGAAUCAGUCUACGUCUGGUUGUCGAGCUGAUCAUUAGGAUUCAAACACUGCAUUACAGCAUGAUGUUGCUGGGGUUUGUGAUGGUACUAUGCAUCCUGGGAACUCAAGCCACCAUGGAUCCGGGAAAUGCUGCUGUCAUGGCAGCAAACUUGUGUAACACUAAGCCCACUGAUGUAGUGUUCCUCAUUGAUAGCUCUCGGAGUGUUCGCCCCUCUGAGUUUGAGCAGAUCAAGGUCUUCCUGGCCAAGGUGAUUAACGGUCUGAAGGUUGGCCCUGAUGCUAUACGUGUGGGUGUCGUGAACUACGCCAGUAAGGUGAAAAACGAGGUCUCUCUGAAGUCCUACAAAACCAAGGCAGGACUGGUUAAGGCAGUGUCCAAGAUUGAACCACUCUCCACGGGUACCAUGACUGGCCUCGCCAUCAAGUUCGCCAUAAACGUGGCCUUCAGUGAAGCCGAGGGAGCACGCAAAUCCCCUGGCAUCAGUAAGGUGGCAAUCAUCGUGACCGAUGGUCGGCCGCAGGACAAUGUACAUGACAUUGCAGCAAGGGCACGCGAGUCUGGCAUUGAGCUAUUUGCCAUUGGAGUGGGCCGCGUGGACAUGACUUCACUCAGGCAGAUGGCCAGUGACCCUCUGGAUGAUCACAUAGACUACGUGGAGAGUUACAGCCUCAUUGAGAAGCUCACCAAGAAAUUCCAGGAGGCCUUCUGUCCGGACCCAUGUGCGACAGGCGAUUAUGACUGUGAGCACAUUUGCAUCAGCACACCUGGAUCUUUCAAGUGUGCCUGCAGAGAUGGCCACACACUCAUGAAGGAUGGCCGAUCAUGCAGCGCUUGCAGUAAUGCAACCAUAGAUGUUGUCUUUGUGAUUGAUGGCUCUAAAAGUGUGAGACCAGAGAACUUUGAGCUGGUGAAGAAAUGGAUCAACCUGAUUGUAGACAAGUUGGACGUGUCAGAGACUAAUGCCCACGUGGGGCUGGUGCAGUAUUCCAGUACAGUGAGGCAGGAGUUCCCUCUGGGACGCUACAACAACAAAAAGGAUCUGAAAGAAGCUGUUAAAAGGAUGGUCUAUAUGGAGGGUGGAACCAUGACUGGCCUUGCCCUAAAUUCUAUGGCAAAUAACAGCUUCGGUCCUAACCAGGGUGCCAGACCUGGAGUGACAAAAGUCGGCAUUGUCUUCACUGAUGGCAGGUCACAAGACGACGUUAGAGAUGCAGCCAAGAAGUGCAAGGAGAAUGGAUUUAAGAUGUAUGCUGUGGGAGUUGGAAAUGCUGUUGAGCAUCAGCUGAGAGAGAUUGCUUCUGAACCCGUCACUGAUCAUUUCUUCUACACCGCUGACUUCAAGACCAUAAACCAAAUUGCCAAGAAGCUGCAAAUUGAUGUUUGUCCAGAGGAGGAUCCCUGUGAAUGUAAUACCGUUGUCAAGUUCCAGAAAAAAGUGGAGGAGGCAGUACAGGCAUUAACAAAGAAAUUGGAAGCUGUGACAAAAAGGAUCGCUGCCCUGGAGAACAAGAUUGUUUGAGAAGACACCAGCAUCUAAAUCUUACACUGCCGCCCACUCUCUUGUAAAGUUGCCUCCUGUGACCUCUGAUCCCUAUGCUUAUGUUCCAUUCCUCCACUCCAUUUCUGUCUGCUCUCUCUGCCUUCAUCACUAUCGUCCAUGGGAAUGGAGCACUGAUUAUCAUGGUGGCCAUGGUUUACCGGUCUACACUUGAUCUGAAUUAUGGUCACCCCAAAAUGGAAGGUGUUGGUUUUCAAACAGCCAUCCCACCUAACAAGACCCUGUGUGCAUUACAUUUGAAGCCAAUGUGAAAUCUGCAUACUUGAGUAAAAGUCAACAUCAUGGUGUGUAUGUGCACUAAGAGUCUUUACAUACAACCUGCAUAUACAAGUCUUCCCUGUGGGGAGAUUGUGCGUAUAUUAUAUACAGUGGAGUUUUCACUCUUUGCUUUUCCUCAUUCUGACUCUCUCAAACCUUUCCUUUCUAAAUUUACACUUUAUGCCCAUACAAAAGCUUAUAAAAGUGAGAAAAAAAUUAUUUUAUAUGGAAUAUAUAUAUAAAGGUAAUUUAAUAUAAGAUUGAAAUGCAUUUGUGAAUGCUUGUUUAUUUUCUAAAAUACAGCAUUCCAUGAAGUAACGGAGCACACACACAACCAUGCAGACACACAUAAGAAAAAGGCAAACAUUUACUCAUUCAGAUACAGCUUGUGAUGAUUCAAUA